UCUGCUCAAAAUAACUUGUUUCCUAAAAAUCUGUGUACAGGACCUUGGUUAUAAAAUGCAGGUGUCCUCAGUGACAUUGAUUGAGGAGAUUCACUCGUAACCAAGAGACGUUUAAAACUAGAAAUGGACAGACUUUAACAUAUAUAUGUAAGUAUUCAAAAAAGUAUUUAGUUUGAUGUAUAAAUGAAGUCCCACAUUUUGCUCAUCACGCUCAGCCAAGUCACUGUCCUUAUAAUAUUCAUCAGUUCUAUAUGAGUAGAGUCAGUGUAGCGCUUCUCUAAGAAUUCAGCACUGAACGGAGUUAAAUCGUUAACUAUAAACAGCGAUUGAUGAUUCGUUCACUAAUUGAUGGACUUGUUCCCGUAUCAAUAUCAAUAAUAAUACCAAUCAUAUAAAUAAUCCGCAGUGGGCUGGAGGGGAGGGGAAAUAUGCGCGCGUGCUCUCUCUGUCUCCGCGCGUGUGUGUGAGCGAGAGAGUGACGCGCGCCACUUUGCUCGGCGUUUUCACUUUGGCCCCCCCCUCCGCGCAAGGACCGUCUUUACCCACAAUGCCCUGCGGAAGCACAUAGGCUAUAUUUAGGUCAUGAGUUCGGAAAGCGCAGCGGCCGCACACACACGCGUGCAGAAAAAUACAGCAACGUGCGCGCGGUGCCUCACGCGACAGUCCGGCCGGGCUCGUGCGCGCUGUUUGACACGUGCUCUUUGUCUGUCUGUCUGUCUGUCUGUCUGUCGUGUGCUCGUGCACCGCAGCGCAGAGCGAUGGGAAACACCGCGUCCGGCGGAUACCGCACGGCGGCGGAGCGCGCGCGUACGACCGUCUUCCAGCAGGAGCGCGAGGGCGGCGUCACCUACCGCAUCCCGUCACUCCUCCGCCUGCCGGAAGGGGGCGACCUGCUGGCCUUCGCCGAGAAGAGGGCCACCGCGAGGGACACGGACGCCCUGUGGCUGGUGAUGAGACGGGGACAAGUGUCCCACGACUCCGUACAGUGGUUGCCAAUGCAGGAGCUGCAGGAUGCCACCCUGCCAGGUCACCGUGCCAUGAACCCCUGCCCGGUGUACGAGAGGGACUCCGGAACUCUCUUCCUUUUCUUCAUCUGUGUUCCAACCAAAAUGUCCGAGAGCCACCAAAUCCGGACGAGGAAAAACGCAGCAAGGCUCUGCUACGUGAUGAGCACCAACCAGGGCCAGAACUGGAGCGCUGUCGCAGACUUGACGGAGCGUGUGAUCGGAGAACGGGAAAAGUAUUGGGCCACGUUCGCUGUUGGACCGGGACACGGCAUCCAGACGGCGAGCGGAAAUCUGAUCAUUCCUGCCUACGCCUACCACAUCGACUCCUGGUGCUUACGUGUUCCGUGCCCAUGGACCGUGCAGCCUCACGCCUUCUACUACUACAGCACCGACCGUGGUAAAACGUGGCUCGUUGGACACACUGUUCACAGAAAGUCAUGCGAGUGUGAGAUGGCUGAGGUGGUGGACCACGAGGGCAAAGGACACAUGUACUGCAAUGCCCGAAACAGAGGCUUUCGCAGGGUGGAGGCUCUGGCUGAGACCAACAGCACGGGUUUUGGAAAAUCUGGCUUGGCCCCGAAGCUGGUGGAGCAGCACCACGGCUGUCAAGGCAGCGUCAUAGGAUUUCCAGCACCCAAGCCCUACCUGGAGAAGCACAGUAAGGAGAGCACAAAGCCCACGGACUCACUCACAUGGCUGCUGUUCUCUCACCCCACUGACCGGAGGAGGCGGAGGAACCUGGGCGUGUACCUGAACAAGAGGCCACUGCAAGGGUCCAACUGGGAGGAGCCUUGGAUCAUCAACCGCGGCCCCAGCGGCUACUCGGACCUGGUGUACUGCGAGGACAAGGAGCUGUUCGUCUGCUUGAUGGAGUGCGGUGAGAAGAGCGAAGUCGAGCAGAUCGCCUCCAUGUGUUUCUCCCUCAGUGAUGUCUUGGAGACGACUGGGAAGAAAGCUGAGAUUCAGUGACUUUUUCAUUUAAAUAAACUGCCUUCCAUGCAUGUGCACAAGGUGUCAUUUCCAGGAAUGUCCGAAAAGUCAGUGACAAACCUUUUCAAACAAGUAGUUUUUUAAUAUUUCAAAACAGUCAUUGAUAGUUCUAGUAAGAAUAAUGCACGGAGAUCAGAAAUGGCUACUGCACACUGUGCCUGUCUGUCUGCAAUGUGAAAUCAAGUGCUAUACAACAUUCGUAAAACUAAA